ACCAUCUAGAAGUUUGCGAUUUGGCUAAUACGUAUAAACCACGGCAUUCAUUUCCCGCCGGUGCGAGCAGCUGUCAACUAAGGUCGUAAGGAUGCAGUGUCCUAUGGCGGGUUGAAACUGCUAUAUGCAGCUUGGUGCCAACUAAGAACCACAAAGUUCCAGUGCACCGACAGCCCGGUGACAAGCAGGUCCUCACUUCGGUACUCAGCGACUCCUGGCGAGCCCUAGACCAUGUCUGACAGCAGCGAUGGAGACAUGCCAGAAUGGCUCAAACAACACACACAGACGCCUAGCAAGAUAUUCGUAGUGAGCAGUAGUGACAGCGACGAUGACAUUAUCUUGCGGAGAAAGCCGGCGGCCGCACUCCCAGCCGCAGCAGGCCCUUCUCAGCCGCCACCUAAAGCUGGUGCGAAGCAAGAGUCCGGCGUUGAGGUCAAGCAGGAGGCCGGGGCGAGGGGGGCCGCGGUGAAAGCGGAGCCGCGCGUUGCUGCGGGCGCAGACCCGCGCACGGCACCACUUGCUGGCGGUGCUGGCGUGAAGCCAGCACUGAACGAUGAGCCGGGGGGCGCCGGACCGCUCGGCGAGCCGUUGACACAAACGCAACCACAGACGCAGACACAGGCGCAAACACAGACGCAGCCACCGGCUGGCAGUUUGCCUUUGAUGCUUCCGGACAAGAUCAACCGAAACAAAGUGCUGUUCGAGCUUCCGCCGCCGCCGGCCUCGUCCUCUAACGCGGAUGGCUACGGGCACGGACACGGCGCAACGGACCUGAGUGGUGACGCGGGCGCGGUGGGCCGACUUAUAGUGCUGGCGGCCGCGCCAACUGGCGGCAAGGGCGCAGCAGCAGGCGGCGGUGAGCCGGGGCCGUCCUCGCAGGGCGGUGGCGGGCCCGGCGGCGCGGAGGUGUGUCUGCAGGUGGACCUGAAGGGCGUCAUCUACAACGCCUGGGCGCUGCCGCUGGCCGGCACAGCCAUGGUGCUCAACGUGGGGCCCACCGAGGCCAAGGUCGAGAGCUUGUUCAACGACUUUGUGCGGCUGCGUGAGGCGGCCGACGUGCACCGGGGCGCCGGGGUCGGCGAUGACGGGGACGGCCUUGCGCACCUGCUGGGCGAUGACGACGACCAGGACAACUACCAGCCAGACGACGAUGACGACGAGGCGGCUCCCAGUGCCAAAACUAAGGCAAAGCCUGGCGGCAAGGUUGGGGCCAGGGCCAAGACCGGCGGCAACAAGGCCGCAGCCAAACCCAAGGCGACUAAGAAGAAGGCGGGCGCAGGAGCCAAGAAGAGCGCCAAGGCUGGCAAGGCCACAAAGGCAAAAGCCGCGCCAACAAAAAAGAAGGCCGCGGGUGCUGCUGGCGGCGUGGGAGCAAAGGCUGGCCUAGGAGUCAAGGGUGGGGGUGUGGCCAAAAAGAAGGCGGGGGCGGGGACGGGGGCGGCGGGGAAGAAGAAGGCCGAGGCGGACAAGGGGGCGAGCAAGGCAAAAACGAAGAAGAAGGCCAAGAAGGCGUCUUCCUCGGAUGACGAUGACAGUGACUGGUGAUUGGUCUGCGUCUAUAGAGCGGCAUGUCUGUGUGACAGCACAGCGGUGUGUCUGAGUGUGACAGGGCGCAGACAGGGGGCUGCACCGUGGGCCUGUACCCGACUGACAGGCUUCGGGCCGCGACAUGAUCCACUUACUGCCUCUGACAGGUGCACAGGCAACGACAUUCUUCUGUGUGCCAGCGACUCACGGAUUGUCGGGCAGCAACACCAGCGGCGCGACGAAGCGCAUGACAACCGCAAGCGUCGUGUCAACCAGUUGUUUGUUACAGCUGUGGGUCCACCUCCCCGACC